AUGUCGAGCACAACUUUUUCUUAUGCGCAAGCCGCAAAACGCCAGAUUGUUUCUCAGCCGAGUCCGCAAUUGACGUCGAGUACUGCCCCACCGUCGACCAGCUCGCAGGCCAAAGAUGACAUUCUGACCGCGAACACGUCCGUCACAGCUUCUUCAGUCACGUCAAACGAUGCCGAGGCACCUGACGGGGACAAGACUACGCAACCCGACGUCGAUGUGGCGUUAUCGAGACAGAACUCGGAGCUAGGCUCUCUCAGAGGAUCGGUCCCCCCUACGACAAUGGCAGUUGCUGAGCGCUUGACCAAAUCAGACAUGGCGGUGGAGUCGCUGGACCAUGCCGAGGACAAGAGCACCUCGUCAGCAAGCCGGACGUCCCGUACCAACGACAAUGUUUACGACAAGAAGGGCCGAAAGACCAAGAAGGGUCGAGGCAGUGACAGAGAUUCGCAGAGCGAGCAAGCUCUGGAGGACGAAAAGGAGAAGGAAAUCCCCAAACCGGUUCUUUCUGAGGCGCCUUUGCCUGCCGUCAACGUGUGGGCAAGGCGGAUAGAGGCCCAGCAAGCAGCAAAAGCCAAGCUCGCACCCGCAGCCGUACCUAGUGUUGGACCCGCCGUCGCUACGAACACUGAUACAAAGAAGCGCGACACCGCCGAAGAGGCGGACACUCACAGCAGUGUUUUGAACGGAGCGGUCAAUGGAGACAAGAUGUCGAGAAAGACGCCCGAGCUGCCCCGGCCCACAGAGCAAGCACAGCGCAGAGCCGCUCCCCGCGGAAGUCGUGCCAACGACAAGGACGAGAGGAGCUCUGUUGCUUUGCCCCCUGUAGCCGAUGCAUCCUUGUGGCCGGACCCGAAGUCUGCCGCCGCGACGACGGAUGAACUGUCUCGCAAGCCGCAAGAUAAGCCUGAGACCACUGAGAACCAUAGCCAGGAUGAUGCUGGCCAAGCAAAGAAGAAGACCUGGGUCAACCUCGAGAUUAUUCCGAAUGUCAUUUGGCAAACUCCGAUGCCGCCGCGCGGGACAAAGCCUCGAGGUGGUGCCCGUGGAGGCCGUGAGCAAGUUUCGGCAAGGCCCAACCAGGGCAGUGUCACCAGUCCCACCAGUGCCUCUACGCCCGGUCCUGUGAACGACAAGUCCACGCCCGCGGGCGUGUCUGUGGUGACCAAAGCUGCAGUGCCCCGCCCAAGGGAGGGAAGCAUUCCAGCGCGCGCGGCGUCCCAGGGUGCCCCCCCUCACGCCUCCAAGCGUGCAUCGAUCGAUGGCGCUUCAUCGAGAGAUCAGCGAAAGAUGUCUAUUGCAGCGAACACAGAGCAGGCCCGUGAAUAUGGCACUGAUUCUUCUUUUCCCGUCAAGAAGGGAACUGCAUCGCGAGAGAACCGACACGAUGUCGGACCCGUGAAUUCCGAGCCUGGGCAUGGUAUAUCACGGGCUCUGCAUCAAGACCGACCUAAUAACUUCCACCCGAGAGGUCUGGAAUUUGCCAAAGAGGGACCACAGUCCGCCAUUGGUGUUCAACAAUACCCGGUGCGCGAGGCUCGCUCUGAACGUGGCGGCCGUGGCGGAUACCGCGCCCGCGGUGGCCACAACGGCGCAACCGGACCUCACUCCGCAUCCUCAACGUAUGGCCCGAAUGGCCAGUAUUCUGCCCACUCUCCUUACCAGCCACGUCAAACCCCUGCUGCUCACAGCCCUCCGCCAUACUCUGGCCAGUUCCCGGUGUCUUUUGUGCCACAAGGUAGAGGAAGGGGCAACAAGUGGGCCACCUCGGGCCAGUCGUCCGGCCGGAAUGGCUCAACUGGAGGAGCAUUCCCCCCCAAACCUCAAGUCAACGAGUUCCCGGUCACACAAUACGCGCCGUACUCCUUUUACCACCCGUAUGACCAGACUCUCCUAGUAGCCAAAUCGCAGGUCGAGUACUACCUGUCCGUGGAAAAUCUCUGCAAAGAUUUCUACCUCCGAAAGCGCAUGGACGGCCAAGGUUUUGUACCCCUUAGCGUCAUCGCCGGAUUCAAGAGAAUGCAGUCACUGGCGAAGGACAGCUGGGCCGCUCUGGAUCUUAUCCGCGCCGCGUCCUCGUACUCGGAAGUUCUCGAAUAUGUCAUCGGUGAUGAUAACAUUGAGCGUCUCCGACUUCGCGAGAGAUGGAAUGCUUUUGUUCUGCCAGAGCAUGAGCGAGCUCGGGAAGCUCAAAACAACGGGCCCGCGAAUUUUGUGCCGGUCAAUAGACAGCAAGCGACGCCCCUGUCGGCGACGUAUUCAGGCCCUCUUAUGCCUCAGGCAUACCCUGCAACCCCGAGUUCUGUGCUGUAUUCCGGAUACCCCGAUGAACAGAUGUUCCAGACGCCCGACUACAUGAACGGAGCUCAAUUCGAGCCUGCCAUGAACGGCGGUGACGUCAAUGGACACCGAUAUGUUUCGGAGACUCAGUUGUCUGCAGGUGUCGCGGAAUGGUCGCCGCCGACUCUUGAGAGUCUGAGCAAUUUUACGGAUGCUCAGGUCGAGAAAUUGAUAAUGAUCUUGGACUACAACGAGAAGGAUGGUUCAGACUUCCCGGAAGCUGCUGGAGUGGCCGGCUAUGUCUCGGAUGGUCCUCAUCACGGGCUGAACGGUGUCUCUGCCAGCACUACGGAAGCUCCAGUCCUUAAUGGAGGGACACCUAAUGGAACUGCGAAUGCGCAGUCUUCCGCUCAGUCGACACAGACCGCCUUCGGGGUCGUUUGGAUAGAUGGACAGCAGGCAGAGAACACCACCAAGAACACAGAGCGUCAACCCUACACACAAAUUCGCCAAGCAGCUCUUGAUCAGCGCCGCAAUGCUGUACCCGGUGAGACGCCGAGGAAGAUGCAGAAGCUCUACGAAUUUUGGUCUCGGCUCCUACUCAAGGACUUCAAUGCGAAGAUUUAUGAGGAGUUCAAGGACCUCGCUCUCGCCGACGCUUCUGCUCCAGUUCCGACCAAGUACGGUCUGAAGUAUCUGAUCAAAUUUUACGACAACCUCCUCAAUGACGAUGCCCAAAAGCCUUGGCCUCAAGGCCAGGCUACCCCCGCCAUCCUCAAGGUACACUACAACGAGGCCCUGGGACGGGCGCAGGGGAUCUUGAAUUGA